AUGGAGCCGCCAAGGCAAGGUGCCGCCGAGGCAGGCGCGCAGCGGUGGGCAACGCGAACGGAAGUUGCAGAAGAAACUUUCCAAGGCGUGGACCCAGGGGCCAUCACGGGCUGUCAGGAAAAGGCUGCGGCACCUGCUGCUGGAGCGUCGCAAGACGCAGUACCGCGGGAGGAGCUCUUUCGUCGUAUUGAAGCACAGGAGACUGUCGAAGAAGAGCGACCCAGCGAAACUCACGUCUUUGCAGCCGCCGAACGGAGCCUCGGGAGCCUCGAGGCUGAGCUGGAGAGCCACCAGGAUGAGACUCGGUCGCUGGCCAGCUUGACCGAGCCGACGUCUCUGUUGGAAGGCCGGCGGGUGACCCGUUUUGAUGAGACAUCGACCCUUGAAGCGGACUUGGAGGUGGUGAAUGAGGAGGAAACGGGACGCAACGUCCUUCAAGACCUUUUUGCCGAUGAGCCCUGGCGCUUGCAGCUCUGCGGAGAUGCCUUCGGUGAGCUGAAGCAGCUGGGGAGCACGCAACAGAAGGCGUUGGUGGAGUUGAAACUGCCGUGGCAGGUGGUUCUCGAAGUGCUCAAGACCUUGGCGUCGGGCACCUGGCCGGAGCUGUGGAAAAAGGAGGUGGGCAAGCCACAAGGAGAACAAACUUCGAUGUGCUACAGGCUUUCGGGGCUUUCGGGAUCGAUGGUAUGGUGGUCAGCUGGGUAUGGAGUCAAGGGGGAAGAAGAAUGA